UGCACUCUGCAGGCUCACUGACGCUUUCAUCCUCACUGAAUGAAUUCAACGCGAACCAUAAACGCAAAGUCAUACCAAACACCGGAGCCGGAGAGUGCGGAGCUACAGUGGCAUUAUUAAUAGUCUGGAGACAGUUCUUUUUUAGCAUAGUCAGUGUAGGUGGCUGAAUAUGGAGGUCAGUACCAUCGCGAAGUUAUUCGUCGAGCACGCUACGACUCUGAAGCUGCACACAGGGAACUUAGUGAACCGCUGUCGGCUCAAGAAUAAAUGUCCGUCUUCUCCAAGUGAGGAGCUUCAAGAUUGCAUCAGAGGAACACUUAGUGAGUGGCUUGAGACGUUACCGAGAACCAGUGAACUUGAUUUGCCCAGUGUUCUGGACUGCACAAUAGCACAGAAUACAGAAGUGAUCACACCAGAGGAGAGAGAGGAACUGAGGGUGUCUGUCAAGCUGUUUCUCACCGAGUCUGAUUGCUCAUCUAUAAAAAAUGCCGUGGACAUGGCAUGCGUGUCGUUAGGUGUGUCUCAGCUGGAUUCAGUUAUCAUCGCUCCUCCUCCACUGCCCGAGGGCGAGACCCUGACUCUGGCUCACCUGCAGCCACUGUGGGCCGAGCUGGAAAAAAUCGUUCAGAGCCAAAAAGCUGCUUCCAUCGGCACCUCAGACCUGGACAAGACUCAGCUAGAAGAGCUGUACAACUGGGCACAGGUGAAACCGAGCAGUAACCAGGUAAAUCUAGCCUCCUGCUGUGUGAUGCCUCCUGACCUCACUGCAUUCGCUAAAGAGUUCGACAUCCAGCUGCUGACUCACAAUGACUCCAAAGAGCUUCUGACUUCAGCAGGCUUUCAGGAGGCCAUGCAGGAGAGCUGCAAGGACCUGCAGGUGGAAGACUGGCAGCUAGAGUGGGUCUUGCGCUACACCAUCAUCGUCAAGAGCCGAGGCAUCAUCAAAGCCAAGGGAUACCUCGUUCAUGCACGGAAAAGCGCCAAAUAGUACCUCCUGAUCCGAGUCGAUCGCAGUGCACUUCAUUCAUUUCUGGAAUUUCCAAAAUGCAUCGAUUUUUUUUUUUUUUUUUAGCUUGCUGUUAAGCUCAUCAAUGAAGUGUUUAUAUGUGAUUCCUAUUUCAUCAUCAGUGACGGCUGAAAUUCAGCUUGACCUCAAACAUGCUGUGAAAUAUUUUUCCAAGCGCUUGACUGUUUAGUCCUGAAAAUCUGAUCAGUCCAACCUUUGUGCAGCCUGCACUAUGUUAAUGAUUUUACACUAUGUAGAUAGCUAACUAACAGGGUUGAUGUACUAUGCUUGUAUUCAUGUGCUUCGUCAGUAAUUUCUGGAUUUGUAUUCAGAAAAUAGUGAAAAAGUAACCUUGUAUAAUACUGGGAUUAUACUGGGAACAAAACGAUGGGGGAGUUGUCUAAAUUACAGUCAAUGGGCUCAUACAUAAGUAAUCUUACAGAAAAAAAAGCUGUAUAUGUUUUGGAACGUACAUAGUUUUACACUGAGGGAAAAUAUUUGCUGCAGUUUUCUUGUACAUUUGACCUGGUAGCUAAGGGUGGUACAGUUUACUGAGAAUGGGUUUUUACAUGAUGCUUUAUAAUGAUCAUUUUAUUUAGUUUGUCCUUUUCUAGAAUGUCUGUAUUAAAACCCUGUUGGUGGUUUGCGUCAUUUAUGGUGUGUAACCUGAGCCGUAAAACGUGGCCACUUGUUAUUUCCUGAUUCUGAGACUCAAAAAUCAGUCCCGUGGAUAAAGUUUUACAUAUAUGAAAACUAGCAUAUGCUCAUUGCUCUAAACCAAGGAAACAAUUUCUUAUUUAUUGUCACAGACACAUGAGGGUCUAGUAAUUGGCUACUGUACAUUAUGAUUUUAAAAUGUUCCCUGUUUCACAUUUUUAAUUGGGUUCAUAAAGAUAACAUUGAAAACCUU